AUGAAUCUCCGUUCACGGCCCACCUGUUGGCCUCUGCUGCCCCCCCGCAGGACAACGGUACCCCCACCCUUCUUGCUGCCCCACGGCACAACGACCCUGGCCUUCCGCUGCAGCCACGGGGUGGUCGUGGCAGCCGAUACCCGGUCCUCCUGUGGAAGCCUCGUCUGUGACCCAGCUUCCCGCAAGGUCAUUACGCUCCAUCGUCACCUGAUAGCAACCACAUCUGGGACCUCUGCGGACUGCGCCACUUGGCUCCGUAUUCUGCGCUGCUCCCUGCGCUUGAGGCAUCUCCAAGAGGGGCAGCAGCCCAGCACAGCCGGGGCGGCAAAGCUGCUAGCUUUCCUGCUGCGUGGGUGCCACAACAAGGACCUCUGCGUGGCCACUCUGCUGUGCGGUUGGGAUCGUAUGGGGCCCAGCCUGCAUUACGUAUACAGUGAUGGUACUUGUCUCUCUGGGGAUGUCUUUUCAGUUGGCUCUGGAUCUCCCUACGCUUACGCUGUCUUGGAUGGCGCUUACCGCUACGACCUGCCACUGGCAGAGGCUUUCGCGCUGGCCCGCCAGGCUGUCGCUCAUGCUGCCCACCGAGACGCAUACUCUGGAGGCAACGUUGACCUCUAUUAUGUUCAGCAAAGUGGUUGGAUCUGUGUCUCGCGGGAAGAUGUUGGCAGAAUCUACCAAGUUUUGGGGGAAAUGGAAGAAGAGGAAGAGGAAGAGGAUUGCGAAGGAAAGAAAUCUGGAAAAGAACAGACCAAACUCAACCAAUAA